GCAGGGGGCGGUUCUUGCGCCUAGGGUUUCCUCGCGUAGUUCGAUGCUGGUCGAGGUGACCGAGGAUGUGACUUCGUUGGCCAGCGGUGGCCCGCAGACGAUGUUCGCCCUCCUGGGCGCGACGACCCUGGUGCUGGUCGCUGGGGUGCCGUGGAUGUUGCCCGCAGCCGCAGGAGGAACAAAUCUAAAGUCUCCUCAAAAUGUAGAGGUCUACAUCGUUGAUGAUACCUUUAUCCUGAGAUGGGACAGGAGCAGUCCAUCUGUCAGGAAUGUGACUUUUUCAGCAGAUUAUCAAACACUUGAAAAUGAUACUUGGUUAAAAUUGCCUGGCUGUCAGUCUAUUGCCAAUACCAAAUGCAACUUUUCUUCACUCGAGCUCAAUAUUUAUGAAGAAAUUAAAUUGCGAAUAAGAGCAGAGGAGGGAAACAACACUUCUCCAUGGCAUUAUGUUGACUCAUUCACCCUAUUUGGAAAAGCUCAAAUUGGUCCCCCAAAAGUACAUUUAGAAGCCGAAGAUAAGGCAAUAAUAAUAAACAUCACCCCACCUGGAACAAAAGAUCAUGGCAUGUGGUCUCUGGAUAGCUCAAGCUUUACCUACAGCUUAGAGAUCUGGAAAAACUCUUCAAGUGGAGACAGAAGGACUGAAACUGUUUACCCCAGAGAUAAAAUUUAUAAACUCUCACCAGAGACCACUUACUGUUUAAAAGUUAAAGCAAGACUUUUGCCGAGAAAAAUUGGUGUCUUUAGUCCUGUGUAUUGUAUAAAGACCACAGUUGAAAAUAAACUGCCUCCACCAGAAAAUAUUCAACUUGAUGCUGAAAAUCGCAUCCAUGUUCUUAAAUGGGAUUACGCACAUGAAAAUGUGACCUUUCAAGCUCAGUGGCUCCAUGCCUAUUUAAAAAAGAUUCCUGGGGACAAUUCAGAUAAAUGGAAACAAAUACCAAACUGUGAAAAUGUCCGAACUACGCAGUGUGUCUUUCCCAAAAAUACUUUCCGAAAAGGAAUUUACCUUAUUCGUGUUCGAGCAUCUGAUGGAAAUACCACAUCUGUUUGGUCUAAGGAAGAAAAAUUUGAUACUCAAUUCCAAAUUACCCUGCUUCCUCCAGUCAUUGCCGUGAAAUCCACUAACGAUGUUUCCCUGCGGGUCUAUAUCAGCGCCACAGAAGAGUCUGAAAACAGGGCUAUGAACCAUCCUUACUCACUAACUUAUGAAAUUGUAUUUUGGGAAAACACUUCAAAUGCUGAGAGAAAAAUUGUAGAUAAAAGAACUGAUUUUACUUUUCCAAAAUUGAAACCACUAACUGCAUAUUGUGUCAAAGCCAGAGCACUCAUUCAGGAUGAAAAGUGGAAUAAAAGCAGUGUUUUCAGUGAUACUGUGUGCGAGAAAACAAAACCAGGAAAUACUUCCAAAACCUGGCUCAUAGCUGGAGUGUGCGCUGCAUUACUUUCCAUCCCGGUUGUCGUCUAUGUCAUGAAACUUCUCUUUAGAUGUAUCGGUUAUGUGUUCUUCCCAUCAAGUAAACCUCCUUCUGCUAUAGAUGAGUAUUUCUCUGAGCAACCACUCCGGAAUCUCCUCCUUUUCACGUCCGAGGAACAAACGGAAAGGUGUUUUAUCAUUGAAAAUACAAAUACUAUCAUUGCAAUAGAAGAAACUCACCAGACUGAUGGAGAGCACAAAAAAUACAAUUCCCAAACCAGUCAAGAUUCGGGAAACUAUUCUAAUGAAGAUGAAAGCAGUGAAAGCAAAUUGAGUGAAGAAUUCGUGCACCAGGAAACCGAGUGAGCAGAGGAGAGCUCUAGAAUACUUGGGAGUUCUGUGCGAGCCACACUCGAAGCCUGGGCUCCGGCUUCGCUCAGUAACUAUGCAGAGGAUACCGGCUUGUUCGGGAAGGAAAACAUCUCCGGGUCGCCGGUCCUAAACUACAGGCAAGCACUUACCUGUUGGACAGAAGUCUUCUCUAUUCUUUUCUGUGCGCAGAGCCUUGAAAGACCUGUCACUGGACCUGACUGAUGAAAUGAGUAGAGUCCAGAAAAUGCUCUCUGUCUGAUGACAUCUCAGGUACCGCUGCACUGACGCUUUGUGGCAAAGCCCACGGAGUCAUUCUGUUCCUGUCCAGUGACACCGUCGCCGUGUGCCUGCAGCCACCCGUGUCACCAACUCGUCCUCCGUUCUCAGUGUUAAAGUUCAGGAUUUUUCAGGAGGUAUUUAGAUACUUCUGACACCGAAGUGUACGCCCUUGGGAAAUUUCUUUAGAAAAGCCGGAUACCAUCACUGCUGGUUUUCUGUAAAAUCGCUUACUCUAGAAAAUGUCCGCACGUGCCAGAAAUGCGAUCCUUACAAUUUUCAGGGGAACCCUGUCCACAUGUUCCCAAAACCUUGGCUCCUACAUCACAGUCACCUAUCCCUUCUGUGGUUUAGGAUCCAAACCAGGUCAUCUUUUCCUAAUACAUUAAUACUUCCUGACGCACAGCGUCGUUCCCAGCCUAGAACAGUAGCUUCUGAUUCGAAUUUGCAAUCAGUGAGGUCAUAGAGAAAGGGAGCACCGUCUAGUUAGAGAAGUUAUUAUGCUAUCUGAAGACAAAGGAGGGUGUAGGGGUUAGUCGGGUGCAUGCAGGAAGCCUGGGGCCCAGAAAGUGCUCCCGACAGCACAGAACACAGUAAGAAGUAGAACCAUUCAGCAGAACAGGCGACUUCCGUGAAAAAUAACAGCAACGUGUCCAGUCAGCUUUGAAUUAGGAACGUGCUGUGGGGCUGCCCAUCUGUGUCUUGGUGUUUGUUUUUUCCCUUCUCGGUUUUAUGGAGAUAUGACUGACACAUAACUUACCUGGGUCAUGUCUUGUACCUGGCCAGCUGUUCCGCACCGGGUGGCGUAGGACGUGUCCCCAUCUGCUCCGCUGACACGCGCUCAGGAAAGUGUUUACUAUCACAGUAAGAAGGAAGAUGUAAGUGGGAGGAAAACUUCAUUUUAAGAAUUGCAUAAUGUUUUUCAAAGGGCACGUGGAGUGUAUUCUUAUAUUAUUCCUGGAGACCCUUGGUGGGAAGGGAGUCUGGGAAGGUGGCUGGCCUCCAAAGGGAAGGGAGCUGCAGCUACGCAGCGCUGGGACGUACGUAACCUAAGGCCAGUGUUAUUUCUGUUGUCGUCCCUGCUGACAUCCCAGGUUCACCCGUGGGGAAGAAAAGGUGGAAGGCAGCCCCUCCUCGGCAUGGCCACCGCUAGGCACACCGUGCACUUCCCUGCCCCGCAGCCCUGGCUGCCGGCAGAGCUUACUGGAGACCAGGGAGGCCCAGGAGGCCGCUGGGAGACACAGGUCUCUGCUGGAGAAUCCCGAAGGUGACCCAGCACGCUCCCCUUUUGAUCUUUCUGACCGGAGACACCUAGUUUCAGGCAGAUCUUCUGGGUCGGCCCUCCAUCUGUAAAGGCCCUGUCUGUGGAAAUUUGCUCCUUCACAGAGGAGAUGAGGGACGUGUUAGGACCCCUGCCACCGGCCCCGGCUCUUGACCCAAACUGACGCAGCGGCCCCGUCCAGCACUCAGGCCCAGGGAAAAAGCCGCUUCCCCCGGGAUGUACCUCUGGGGGCGUGGAGGAGGGAAACUUAGACAUUCCAGUCGGAAGACACCGAGGAAAUGAUUCGUUAGGUCCCAGGAUGUGGGAGUGGAUGCUUUCAGGUUUAGAGAUCCUCUGGGGUUCUCCGAGAACGAGCAUCUCAACGGCAGCGACCCAAAACCCCUCGUGUUUGCCUUGUGUUCUAGACAUGAGAAUGCAGUCCUUUCCAUUCUUCAUGAUGGUCUGGCUGCCUGUAGCGUAUCAGCAGGUGCGUACUGGUAAGGAGUGAGAAGGGUUCUUUCUGAAACGUGGUUUACUUGGGGGCGCCAAGAAACUGCCUCAGAAGUGUGAUAUUGAUAGUUCUUGGAGAGGCUGAGUAUAAUCAGAGCAUUUAUGUAAUAGAUUUGUAUCAUUAUCUCUAGUGUAGGUGCACAUACACAUAACUAGUGACACGGGUGUGUCAACACACGUGUUUUCUAUCUGCCCUUGCCCUCACAUAUGAUAUGGGUCAUAUGCCAUUAGGAUAGCCAUAAAGUACUUACUUACUAGUAUAGAUUCUAAUUGGAAAAUUAGAAACGCUGCUCAGAGCUCUGAACUUCAGAAUCUGACCAGAAAUUCACAACCUAUAAAGUUAUGUUUUAAAUAUAAUUUAGAGCUUGUAUCUUUUCAUCCACCUGCGACUUUAAAAAGCAGCCCCAGAUUGCUCUUAAGAAUUCUGUGUACAGAAACCUUCCUUCCUUCUCUCCCCUUCCUGUGACUACUUGACAUGGCGUGUAUUUGUUUUUUGUCUGGUGUCUGUCUGCCCCCACGAGGCCGGAAGCUCUCUGAGCACAAGGACUUUCUUUUAUUCAUUGUCAUAUCCCCAGCAUCUGCCGCAGCGCAGUCCCUCCUUGCUCGUGCAGGUUGGUUGGGAAAUAAUUACCGAAUGUGUGAAAUCCACAGUUUGAACCAAGUGGGUGCUUCUGACCGUGUUUGUAUGUUGGUUGAGUUGCGGAAGGACAUCCCCACGUGUUCAGUGUUUCUAUGCAGUAAACUUGUCUUUGUGUUUUUGUCUUAAACCCUAUUGCUGUGAACAAUUUUACAUAAUAAACACUGGGGCCAGAAGUCUUUGA